AACAUAUUUAGUGGCGGCGCCAAGCCGCAAUCAGUCCGCUUCACAGUACAAGUUUGGAGACGACGACGACGACGAUGAUAAAUUCAAUCCAUUCGUCACCAAGAACGAAGGUGCCGACAGUGAUGACGACGACGAUGAUUAUCAACCUGUCCAGGCCAAGGCCAAACCAGCAGCUGUCGCCACCCCUGUAAAGAAGCCCGAGCCAGUGGUAAACAAACCACAGCCACAACCUGUUGCUGCCAGUCCUGUCGCGGCCAAAGUCACGCCAGCAAAGGAUGUACAACCCGCCAAGACAGCCACAACCCCAUCAACUACUCCAAGCAAGCAGGCAGUUGUAUCCACAUCACCAAAGCCAAGUACAAGUGCACAGAAGCCAGCACAACAGGUAAAGUCACCUGUUGCCAAGCCAACAGUGGUCAAGUUCAACGACGACGAUGAUGAUGGAGUGAACACUCUGGUGGCAAAGGACGAAGGAGAUGACAGCAGUGACGAGGACAAACAAGUGUUCUCAGUACCAGUCACCAAACAGAAGCAGACAUCAUCAUCAAAGGCAGCACCUGCCGCUGCAUCCAAGUCAUCAACAACAAAGCCAACACCAGCUGCACCCACCUCGGCAGCUGACUAUCUGCCGCCUGAAGAGGACAUGGAUGACUUCUUCGAUGACUAA